GCCACUUCACUCUCACCAACUAGCCCAAAUGGCCACCCGAGUCUAUCUUUCCUUCCAUGCAAAGACAAUUAGUCUUCAAUGACUUCAAAGAUUCACGACAAUUUUAUCACAUUUUAAAAAUUAUGGAACCUCUUAUUAUCAGGCUUUUUAAGAACGCCUUAGAGCCAUAGACAUGGCAGUUGCCAGGAAGAAGCAUGAGUUAUCUUCCAACAUAAGUCGAAUCGGAUCUGUUUUUAAAACAGAUUUGGAGGACGGAGGAUGGAAGGAACAUCUACAAGGAGUUUAUGAAGAAGUGGUUGUUUCUACCUGAAACGCAGGACAAGGAUUGGAUUAGAUUGUUUUUCUUGAGGAAUACAGGAGAAGAAGAUUAGAUAGACUUUGGUUUUGAAAUAUAUAUAUAUAUAUAUAUAUAUAUAUAUAUAUAAUGGGGUUUGCAACAACUAUAGGGAAGUAUCAGCUAGGGAGAACGAUUGGAGAAGGUUCCUUUGCCAAGGUCAAGCUGGCUGUAGACACCAUCACCGGUCAUCAUGUUGCCAUCAAGAUUAUUGAUAAGGCCAUGGUCAUGGAAAGCAAUCUCAAGCAUCAGGUACAACGAGAGAUAAGAACAAUGAAGCUUCUCCAUCACCCCAAUGUUGUAAGAAUACAAGAGGUUAUUGGCUCAAAGACGAAGAUAUACAUAAUAAUGGAAUACAUCGCAGGAGGACAACUUUCAGACAAGUUGUCUUAUGCCAAAAAACUAAGUGAACCACAGGCAAGAAAACUUUUCCAGCAAUUAAUAGAUGCAGUAGACCAUUGCCACAGAAAAGGAGUCUAUCACAGAGAUUUAAAGCCAGAGAACUUGCUUUUGGACAGCAAGGGAAACCUCAAAGUAACUGAUUUUGGACUGAGCGCUUUGAGGAAGCCUGGAGAUAUGCUAACUACAGCGUGCGGCUCUCCGUGCUAUGUAGGACCUGAGCUGCUUGAAAAUAAGGGCUACAAUGGGGCAGCUGCGGAUAUUUGGUCUUGUGGUGUCAUCCUUUUUGAGCUACUUGCUGGCUAUUUACCAUUUGAUGAUCGCAAUCUUGUGGUUUUAUACAGUAAGAUAUCUGGAGCACAAUACACAUGUCCACCAUGGUUUACAGGAUGUCAGAGGCAGCUGAUUGCUCAAAUGCUUGAUCCAAAUCCCAAAAAGAGGAUAACAAUUCCAGAAAUCAUUGAAGAUGCAUGGUUUCAAACAGAUUAUAUACCUUCAUGCGGCUAUGAAUAUGAUGAGAAAAUAUACUUGGAUGAUGGUAGCACUGCAUUCGAUACAGUUGAGGAACACAAUGCAGAGAUGAAUACACACAAAUCGUCAAAUUUCAUAAAUGCAUUUCAAUUGAUAGCAAUGUCACAUGAUCUGGAUUUAUCAGGUCUUUUUGAAGGACAGGAUGACAAAAGGCAGAGGACAAGGAUUGGAUCCAAGCAUACAGUUAAUGAAACCAUAAAGAAAAUAGAAACUGCUGCUAUGGAUGUGAGUCUGUCAGUUGAAAGGAUGAAUAAUUUCAAGAUGAAAAUUCAUCCAAAGCAGAAGAUGAUUAGAUGUUGUAGAUCAUCUUAUGACCUAUCAGCUGAGGUAAUUGAGGUUGCUCCCACAAAUUGCGUUGUAGAAAUAUCAAAAUCUGCAGGAGAACUAACAGUUUACAAAGAGUUCUGCAAGAGUUUAUCAAGUCUGUUGAUAGAGAAAUCAGAUAUUUCAUCACAAAUUCAGGAGUUCGACACAGCCGACACCAAUAGCAAUAGUAUUAUAAUGAAUGAAUGCUCCAAAGAAGACAAAGAGAAAGAAAAUAAAGACCCAGGAGGCUAUUUCUCCACAUGAAGAUCGGCUUAAUUAUUUGUCUUAACUGUCUUCUUUCCAGCAUCAUGAGCAAUUCCCCAGGAAGACCAGAGGCAUAUCAACACACAAUCUAUUUCAAGUGCAGGACAAAAUUAUUGCCACUGGGCAUCAUUCUUCACUCAAAAAAAAAGUCCUAGCGACAUCAUUUGCACAGCUAUUUUCAUGUUACAUGUGAAGUUUGUAUCCUUUUACUUUCUCUUCUCUCUUAAAUUUAACACUGCACCAUAUUAAUCCAAGAUGUAUGUCAGAGGUAGCCUUUUUUUUGUUUUUUUUUUUAUCAAUUUUUUAGUUUAAAAAGUUAAUAACACAAAGGAG